AUGCCAGCUGGUCACGGUCUCCGGUCUCGCACUAGAGAUCUCUUCGCACGUCCCUUCAGAAAGAAGGGUUACAUUCCGUUGACAACCUACCUCAGAACCUACAAGAUUGGAGACUAUGUCGACGUCAAGGUUAACGGCGCCAUCCACAAGGGGAUGCCUCACAAGUUCUACCAUGGACGCACUGGCCGUGUCUGGAAUGUUACCAAACGUGCCGUUGGUGUCGAGAUCAACAAGCAGGUGGGUAACAGAAUCAUCAAGAAGAGGAUCCAUGUACGAGUGGAGCAUCUGCUGCCUUCAAGGUGCACUGAGGAAUUCCGUCUAAGGAAGAAGAAGAAUGAUCAACUGAAGGCAGAGGCUAAGGCUAGAGGUGAGGUUAUUUGCACAAAGAGGCAGCCAGAGGGUCCUAAACCUGGUUUCAUGGUGGAAGGUGCUACAUUGGAAACUGUCACUCCCAUUCCAUAUGAUGUUGUUAAUGAUCUCAAGGGUGGUUACUAG